UAGAAACUGAUCCAGCCUAUUCUCAAAAUCUGCAAAUUAUGGCAUUGCUUUUAACAAUGAUGGUUUGCUUUAAUUUGGUUUGUAUUUUGGUUAUUGGCAUCAUGAUCUACUUUCUAAAAAAGAGAAGACCAGCUUGUAUGUCUCCGAUGGCGUCCACGAGUACUGACAUAGUCUCUUCGUCUUCUUCUUCAACAUCUCCACGGAGAUAUGAUGUUUUCCUCAGUUUCUACGGGGAAGACACUCGCAAGAGUUUUACGGAUCAUUUAUAUGCUGCUUUGAAUCAGAGAGGCAUUCUCGUAUUUAGAGACGAUGAAAAGCUCGAGCGAGGAAAAUAUGUUUCUGAGGAGCUCUUGAAAGGAAUACAAGAAUCCAUGUACGCGAUCUUUGUUAUCUCUCCAAACUAUGCUUCCUCUAGAUGGUGUCUCAUUGAACUUUCCAGGAUUCUCGAAUGCAUGAGAGGCACGGGGAGAAUUUUGCCCAUUUUUUACCAUGUGGAUCCUUCCGACGUAAGAAACCAGACAGGGACUUUUGCAAAAGCUUUUGGUAGGCAUGAAAAAGAUCCCAAGGUUGACAAUCAGAUGAUGCAAAAGUGGAGAGCUGCUUUGAGAGAAGUUGGCAAUAUCUCCGGAUGGCAUCUACAUGAUGGGCACGAAUCAAUAGUUGUCAAAGAAAUUAGUAGAAGGAUACUUAAUGGAUUGACUCGUAACUUCUCAAAUUUUUCCAAGGGUUUUGUUGGAAUAGAAUCCCGUGUGGAGGAAAUGAUGACCUUACUUAGUAUGGGAUUGGAUGAUGUUCGCCUUUUAGGGAUUUAUGGAAUGGGUGGAAUUGGGAAGACAACUCUGUCAAAAGCCAUUUAUGAAAGAGUUUCUCAUCAAUUUGAAGCUAGUUGUUAUAUUGCUAAUAUCAGAGAAGAAACCAGAAGUCAUGGUUUACUUUAUUUACAAAAACAACUUAUUUAUGAUAUUCUCAUGGAAAGAGAAAUAAAUAUAUGGAAUGACUAUGGGGCAAGCAGAGUGAUAGCGGGCAGACUACAAAGUAAAAAGGUUUUUAUUGUUCUUGACGAUGUGGAUGGAGUAAAACAACUAGAAGCAUUAGCAGGGAGCCAUGAUUGGUUUGGUCCAGGGAGUAGAAUCAUUAUAACAAGCAGAGAUUGUCAUUUGCUAAACAGAGUUGUGAAUAAUUCCUAUGAGGUUAAGAGGUUGAAUAAUGCUAAUGCUUUACAACUCUUUAGUUGGAAAGCCUUCAAGAAACCCCAUCCUGAAGAAAAUUAUGUGCAAUUGUCUAUGGAUAUUGUGAAUUAUGCUCAAGGCCUUCCUUUAGCUCUUGAAGUUUUUGGUUCCUUCUUAUUUGGUAGAAGAAUGGAUGCAUGGAAAAGUGCCAAAGAUUUACUAAAAGAAAAUCCUAACGCAGAAAUUUUGGAUAUACUUGAAAUAAGUUUUAAUGGAUUGGAGGAAUUGCAGAAACAAUUGUUUUUAGAUAUUGCAUGUUUCUUCAAUGGAGCAUACAUACAUAAGACCAUACACAAACUAGAAAGUUUUGGUUACCAUCCGAACAUCAAUAUCGAAGUUCUUGUGGACAAAUCUCUUAUCACCAUCGCAGGGAAUAUUUUCAGGAUGCAUGAUUUGCUGCAAAAAAUGGGUCAAGAAAUAGUUUCUUGCAAGUCUACUAAGAAGCUUGGUGAACGUAGUAGAUUGUGGCAUUAUGAGGAUGUCCUUCACGUAUUAAAAAAUGAUAUUGGAACUGAUGCAAUUAAAGGCAUUGCCCUAAAUUUUCCUUUACUUAAACAAGAGCGACUAAAUGUUGAAGCCUUCUCAAAGAUGAAAGAAUUGAAAAUGCUUCAGAUUACCCCUCAUUACUUUCCAAAGGUGGAAUGGCAUGGAGAUCCUUUGAAUUUCAUGCUAAGCAAUGAGUUAUGCUUUAUGGAAUGGUGGGGAUAUCCUUUAGAAUCCUUGCCGGCGAGUUUCCAAUCAAACAAGCUUGUUGAGCUCACAAUGCCUAAUAGCUGCAUCAAACAAUUGUGGGAUGGAAGGAAGAGUUUUGACAAACUGAAACGCAUUUGCCUGAGCCACUCUAAAAAUUUAAUCGAGACACCAGACUUGAGCGGAGUCCCAAAUCUUGAGCAACUAGAGCUUAUGUAUUGUACAAGUUUGUCCAAGGUCCACCCAUCCAUUGGAUUUCUAAGACAGCUUACAUGGUUGGAUCUGCAUGGUUGCAAACAUCUUAAGAGACUUCCAGACGAGAUGAUCAGCUUGGAAUCACUUUAUUAUUUUAGACUUUCUGGCUGUUCAAGACUCAAGAAAAUUCCAGAUAAUGUGGGUAAUAUGACAUCUUUGCGAGAUCUUUAUUUGAAUGAGACUGCCAUAAAAAAGUUACCACUAUCAUUUAAGAGGUUGUCGUCUCUUAGAAUGCUCAAUAUAUCUAACUGCUCAAGACUAGAGAAAAUCCCAAAGAACCUGUUGAGUGGUAUGAAAUGUCUAGAGUACCUUUAUGUCGGUGGAAGUGCUACAAGGAAAUUUCCGAUAGGUAGUGGACCAGAUCCCAUGAUAAGUCUUUUGUUCCCAAAUUCAUUCUCGUGUUUAAGCUCUUUAAGAGAACUAGAUUUGAGUUAUUGCAAUCUAUCAGAUGGAGCGAUCCCCAAUGAUCUUAGUUGCUUAUCCUCACUUUAUUCCUUAAAUUUGUCUGGGAACAAAUUUAGGAGGAUAAUAGAUAGCGCCUGGCAACUUUCCAAUCUUAAAAAGCUAGAUCUGAGUUAUUGCAAUCUAUCAGAUGGAGCGAUCCCCAAUGAUCUUAAUUGCUUAUCCUUCCUUUAUAGUUUAAAUUUGAGUGGGAAUAAAUUUACAAGAAUACCAGAUAGGCUGGCUCAACUUUUAAAUCUUCAUCAGCUUGACUUGGAUGAUUGUAGUUGGCUUCAAGUAUUGCCGAAGCUUCCAUUGGGAUUACUAUACUUGAGAGUAAAAAAUUGUCCAUUGCUGGAGUCGUUUUAUAAUAAGCAAAUGGAGAUGUGGAGAAGUUCAAAUGAAAAAUUAAGGAGCAUUGAUUAUUCUGUUGUACAAGCUUAUUUUGAUUAUGAUGGAGAAGCCUUCAAGAUCCUCCAUCUGCAUCCGCGAAGUCUUGUAUGGAGUAAAGAAAGUCGCCAAGAUUUAACUCAAAUAACAUGCGGCCGUGCGUUGGUGGGAUCAGGAAUCCCAGAGUGGUUCAACAUUAAAAGCACUAAUUUGUUUGGAACAAUUCAAUUACAUUCAUAUUUGGGCUCAGAUAAGUACUGGAAGGGGUAUGCUGUUUUUAUUGUUUAUGAAUUUCAUGAGCCUCACACUACUCAUCCAAGAAAGAGAAGAAAACUCAAGGUCGAUGAGCGGAAGGGGAAUUCGAAUUCUACAACAAUAUUUGAUGGCAGUAAUAGUAAUUUACCCAACUUUGUUUGUCAUUUUCAAGACGAUGGAGUUGAUGUUACAAAACCGUUAGUCUUUUGUGCCCCUGGAGUCCCUUCUGUUGGGCCAAACGGAUUUUGGGUGUAUAUACCAUUUUCGUGGUUCGAACCGAUAAGUUUCUUUACUAGAUUUCGAUCCCUUAAGGCUUCAAUUACAACAGACAGCCUGAAUGUUGAGGUAAAGGAGUGUGGGGCACGUUUAGUACGUUAUAAGAAUGAUGCUUCCGAGUUGUACCAAGUGCUCAACACCAUUUCUCCACGUGCUUUGGGUUUCGAAGAUUUUUCUCGUUUGUGCAAGUCAUUUGGGCCAAAUCUCUUGGUCAAAGGCCCAAUUAAAUCUAAUGUUGUAGCAUCUGGAUGAAUUGAGUCGGUUAAUUGUGAGAGGAUAAAAAUUCGCCUCAUAAGAAACAGGUCAAUGGGCAUUAAGAUAAAACAAAAAAUGUUGACGUUUCCAUCCCAGAGGAUUAGACGCGAACCGACAAAGAAAAGGAGAAGAAUAGCGCACGAAUGACGAGCGAACACAGAGCCACCUCACUCCGCAGCUCUACAACUUCGACAUUGUACAAGAGUUUUAGAGAUAUGAGGGGGGUUUGGCGGUGUUCUGGCACUCUUUGGUGAGCCUUUAGAUGCCAUUCCUCUGUUGCUUAAGCCGCUUCCUCAAAGCUUGUUGCCAAAAACCCGUCAUUUUGUGAGUCUUAGAUGCCAUUCCUCAGUUGCUUGGGCCGCUUUCUCAAAGCUUGUUGCAAAAAUCCCCCGUCAAUAGCCAUGGUUCUAUAUGAUUUUUUUUGUUGCUUAGUGUGACCGGUAGUGCAUUGACAAAAAGAUUGUCAAAACUCAUUUGGUGUGUGUGCCUAACUUACGGAUCAAAAAAAGAAGCAACUCUUGUCAUCAUAGUCCCUUGUGCCAUAUGAUUCAAGAUAGCUAAAAUUAGUGAUUUAUACUGAAAGAGUAUGACAUGGUGGCAGUAGAUUUAUAAAGGUAAUUGAAGGAUGUUGGUUUUCUAUGGUAUGCCUUGUUGGCUAGAUCAUUUAUAUUGGCCUGCUUCUUGUUUGCUGAUAUGGUAGUGUAAUUAGGUUAAAUUUUUGGAAAACCAGAAAAUAGGAUAUGUGAAUAACUUAAUGUGGGUACAUGGUGAAGUAGGUUGUAGUCAUACUUUAUGUAUUUUUACUUUUUGUUAACAUAUGGAUUUAAUUUUGUCUUUCUUUUGUUGGCUAGGCUUGGGACUAAGUGAUAUUUUGAAACCUGAUUUGAUAAUGCCAUUCAUCCGCACAGUGCCAUUAGCACACCAUUUAGCAUUAUACUUACAUGAGGUCAAUUUACUCCGGAAGAUAUAUUGGAAUUGCUACAGAGUUCCAACUUUUUGCCAACGAAUUUGGAUGCGACGUAAUGUAGUACUGCAUGGAGGGGUAUUUUCUCAUCCAAAUAGUUUGAUACAGGAGGCAGAAGCAUUACUCUUACAAUUUCAAGGGAAUCCGUGUGUGCAGGGAAGUAAUGUGAAUGGUGGGGUGGAGGCUCCUGUGUCAUGGAAACCACCGGUUUUUGGAAGAUUUAAAGUGAAUUGGGAUGUGGCUCUUGAUACUUAAAAACAAUUGUAUGGGUUUGGGUGUUAUUGUGAGGGAUCAUAAAGGAUUAAUACAUGCUGCACUGAGCAAAACUCUAAACUGUUUACAUCCCUCAGCAAUAGCGGAAGCAGUUGGAGCAUUAUGAGCUGCUGAAUUUUGUUGCGAUUUGGGCUUGCAUAACGUAGUGCUAGAAGGUGAUUCUUUGAUUGUGGUCCAAGAUAUUCUUGCCUCAGCUUCGAACUGGUGCGCUCAUGGACAAAUUGUUGCAGAUAUUACGGUGGUUCUAAACUCUAGGAGUUGGAUGGUCAUGCAUACUAAAAGGAAUGUGAAUCAAGCGGCACAUGGACUAGCCAAGCAAGCAGUUAGGAAUCAAAUGGAUCGUAUUUGGAUAGUGGAAAUUCCCAGCUGUAUCUCAAAUAUUGUUGUUUUAGAGCAUUUUGCUCUUUCUAUUUAGAGUGUUUAGCUCUAGAUGUUUAUUGGUAUUAUAAUGAGUUGAGAUUUAUUCAAAAAAAAAAAAA